UUAAAAAUGUUACGAUAUGCACAAAAACAUCGCAAAUCCGACUGAACUAUUGUUUCCUUAAUUUCAUCCUUGCGCUGAUAUGUCUUGCCAAGGCAGUUCAGCAACUUCACUAGUCCAAAAUACCCUGGAUUAGCAUGUGGGGUUUUACAUCGUUCAUCCAACCGUAGAAUUUGACUCUUUAGUUUGUGAGAUCAGUGCUCUUCUUGAGCUGAAAGAACUGGAGCAGCUUUCCAGUUAAGGAUAAAUAAGAUCUCUAGCUAGUUCAGUAAAUAAAAUUUCUUAACAUCUCUUAGAUUUUCUUUUCUUGAUUGCCAAGGAGUAUUCGGAUCAUUGACUAACUUAGCCUCCAAGGAGAUGUAAGCUGGAACUUCGUAUCAAUGAUCCUCUUGGGUUGGUCCAAGUGAUAAACGAGUUUACUUUCUUUAUAGUUACAGCAUCAAAUUUAAUAGGAAACUCCUAGCAAAAAAGGAAACGGUGUCGUUUGAUAAACAAGGUGAUGCAUGGCAGUUCGGUGCAAAAUUGCUUUUGCUUUGCUGUCAGGACUCAGGAGCAGCAGAGGACGUGCCUGACGGCUCGCAUUCCACCACAACUCUAUCGAAAUCUUCAUUAAUUCCUCACUGUUCUCUUCUACGCUAAAAAGCAUACAACACAAAGACAAAACCCCAAUUUACUCCCUUCCUGCUUCUCUGGCAAUGCAAGACAAUGAUACCCACAUGCUUUCUUUUAUUGUUCACUUACCCUCAUAAAAACAACGCAGUCUCUUUUUUAAUUUCCUAGACAUGGGCUCUAACCCUUUUACUCCUUAUCUCCUCUGAUUUUCUGGUAGACUUUCGUGCUCUCUCAAUCUUUUGUGACGAAAGCUGAUCAGCGAUCAUCCCUUUUCUCCUGGUCUUCUCUGUGGGCUUACUUGCAUACUAAGGGGCUGUAAGGUGUCUUCUUAAGGAAAGAUUCUACAGUUAUUUUCGAGGAGACAGGCUUUUGUUUGUGUGUCCUUUCUGUUAUUUUCAAUACAUUAUGAAGGUUUCUGGGCUCUGGAUUUUGUACUUGAUGGUUGGGACAGCCUUAAUGUUCCUUAACUGCUCACCAUGCACAACUUGCUUGGCAAUUACUGAUGCGGUCUUCACUGACUCUAGUGGUAGCAUGACAAUGGCAACAACAAGCAGGAAGCUCAAGGACAAUGGCUAUGAUCUGAACGAUGAUGUUAAGACCAAUGCACACAACGUGAACCUGGAAGAUUACCACCCUAUCGAUCCAGUUCCAAGUUCAAAAGCUUCCAUAAAACCUGGUCCUAUCGAGCAUGGCACUCCUCUUAACCCAUAUAUUCCCAAGCCUUCUCCUCCUAGUCCUGGUCAUCCAAAACCCUUGGGUUAGCUUGGCGAACAUACUCAUUUCUCAAAAAUGAUGUAGCCCUUAAUCUCUAUCUGGUGUCUUGUGUACGUGCCUUGCCUGUUUUAAUGUCUGCGUAUAGCUAAGUACUUAUGUAUCCUGCUUUGCUUGGUUUGAAUUUUCUUGUAAUUUGAUGAUGUUCUUGGGAUUUACUAUCCUUCAACAAUAACUCUAAUGUUUAUGCAGUGAAUAAAUGUAGCAAGAUCGCUUUCUUCCCUGAGUGGAGUAAUGAUUGACAGAUCUUGCUGCAUGCUUAUUCGU